UAUUGUUCCUGCAUGCACUCAAUGUUCCAGCGUUCGAUGUCAGUAGUAACCACCCCCAAAGGACGUUUGGGUUUCCACCGUUGGGUACCUGCUCUCCCCUUCCCAGAAGGGUCACCGCCGCUUCCAAAAGUAGUAAUUUGUACCACCAUCACGUUGGACCUUCACCAAAAAACACACAUGCAUGCGAUGAACCGCAUGUGCUGUCGUUGCAUACUCUCUCACAUGUCCUGCCAUACCUUCUCCCGCCCUUCCGCUGCACAACCAUUUCCAUACUUUCACCUCCCGCAGACGGGACCUCAUCCAAUUACAAGCCCAAACACACACUCUGAACCAACACUGCUGAACAGGAAUCGCCGCACCAAACAACACUGCCUAAACCCUCUAGCUAUGAAACUCCUCAGUUCCCUGGCUCUCAUCGCGCCGUUCGCCGUCAGUGCCCUCGCGAUUCCACAAGUGCACUUGCCACUCCACCCACGUGAUGACGAUAAACAGCUCUUCUACCUCCGAGUCAAUGCAGAAUCCGAACCCUACCACAACCACCCCAUAACAAACCUCUCCAACAAGCGUCUCGGUCUCGAAAACUUGACGAUCCAUCCAGAGCCCGCUCCGAUCCUGUUCAGGUCGAUGCGUCUGCCUACCGGUCUUUACGCUCUCCGCUCCUCAUACAACGAAGAGAAUCACGACGAUGACGAUGACGAUACCACGACCCCCCUGAUAACAGCCCUAAUUCCCCACUCUGACCCCACAAAAGCCGUCCUCGCACUCAUCGCUUACCCCUCCGUUUCUGAUCCGACCGGGACAACGCCUACUGAUUGCCCAGAGGACGUCGAUUGCGUGGCGCAUGAGUGGAGGGUUGAUGAGGGGAGGUUGGCGUUUGCGUUUGGGAGCCAGACUGUGGAGUUUUUGUUUGAGAUGAGGGGAGUCGAGGGGGAGGAGGGCGAGUGGUUUGUUGGGUUUGCGCCGGAUGGGGUUGGAAUGGGGAAGUAUGAGCAUGCUGUUGGAUUAGAGGUUGUGGAGUGGGUAUGA